GGCAGCAUGCGGGUUAAAUUAUUAAAGGUUUUUAACAAAAGUCAUGGCGGGUCGUGAAUGGUUUGUUGACAGUGACACACACAAACGAAUUAUAUAUUUAUAACAAUCAUUUUCAACAAACUACACACUGAUCAACGAAAAGACUAAAGACAGAUUACAAUGCCUGCGAUGAAUAACGAACAGGAUUCAAGGACGCACGUCAAUGGCAGCGAGCUUGAAUCGGAAGAAUUUGAAAACACUUCGCGAGAUACGAGACAAAGAAUACCGGUUAACGUUUUUGGUCUCAGCAGCAAGUUAAAAAAAGAGACGAAAAAGUUAUUACGCUACCCCGGCAGAGCUCUGAAACGAGCAAUGGCAAAUGACGCUAAUGUAGUUAGCGACGAUUUCCCUUGUGAAGGGGAUGGUUAUGAGUCAUUCGUUGACGUCAAUGAGGAUUUUUCUCGCUACUUCAUCCAGCACGACAUUAUUACGGAAUUCGAGUAUCUGUGUAAAAAUCCUCCCGAUGGAGUUUACGUAAUUCCAUCGAUAAAAUCCUUUCAAGUUUGGCACGGGGUUAUCUUCCUGAGGACCGGUCCUUAUCGUCAAGGAAUAUUCAGAUUUGACAUUCUGUUUAAAGACAAUUUUCCCAACACUGCACCGUUAGUUCGGUUUACAAGUGACGUCUUUCAUCCCCAGAUCCACAAAAACGGGACACUCAACAUCGACAAAGCCUUCCCAUGCUGGAACAAAGAAAAUCACGUCGGAGACCUGUUGACGUAUUUGAAAGAGUGCUUUAACGACGGAAGCCGAGGGGGAGAGAUAAAUAUCGAUGGAACGGAUUGCAAAAAUGAAAACAUGGAAGAGUUCCGAAAAAGAGCGAUAUUUUGUGUCGAAAAAUCCAUAAAGGAUUUCAUGAGGGAAAGUCCAGUUACAUCGGAUGACGACGGAAACUUGCUAAAAGUCAAACAGCUAUCGGGAGCUGCGAUUGAGGAAUGGAAACGAAAUAUUUUAAGCGAAGCAACCGCGAGUAAAUUGGAUGAAUAAAGAGCAAUUCAGCAGUUACCAUUGUUCCUACUCCUUCAGAGAUAGAGCUCAACCAUCAAAGAAACCAUGCGUAAAGCGACGUCUAAGAAACACCAUUUCCGGGAACACAGUAACAAAAAUCGCAUUUCUGGAAAUCGAUCAUGCACACGUGAACCCAUAGUCACACACGUGAACAUGCUGUGUCUGUUCACGUGACUCGAACGUAUGAUGCCUUACGAAAAAGCUGGUGUUCAAUAUUAACGUUUUCGAUUAAUGGAAAAAGACCAAGCAAUUAGAAAUGUGAAGCUACGGUACAAGUCCGUGCAAAGAUGAUCUAUGCAAGGACCGGUUAAUGAUAAGCAAGGCUACGUUAAACAAUAAAAGAGUGACAAAAUUUA